UAUAUAUAUAUAUUAUGUGAUGCAUUUGUAGGUGUAUUGACGAACAAUUUCCGUGAAAGGUAAAAUAUGAACGUCGAGCAAGUCCUUCACAUGAACGGAGGAGAAGGAAAGAAAAGCUAUGCAUCCCACUCACUUUAUCAAAGAUCAGUAAUUUCAAUGGUAAAACCAAUACUAGAAGAAACAAUAGAGGAGCACUAUUGCAGCCUCUUCCCAGAAUGUUUGAAAAUAGCAGACUUGGGAUGCUCUGUGGGACCAAAUACCCUUUUAGUAGUAUCAGAGAUUAUGGAUAAAAUCCAUUCCAUAUGCCAAAGACUGAAGCGGCCAUCGCCUUCUUUUCAAGUUUUCUUAAAUGAUCUACCUGGGAACGAUUUCAACACGGUGUUCAGAUCAUUGCCAGACUUCUACAAGAAACUGGAAGAAGAAAAAGGAAACAAGUUUGGGCCAUGUUUCAUUGCAGGAAUGCCUGGAUCUUUCUAUGGCAGGCUCUUCCCUGACCAGUCUAUGCAUUUUUUUCACUCUUCUUAUGCUCUUAUGUGGCUUUCUAAGGUUCCAGAAGGAUUGUUAAGAGAAGACAGAAAAGAUUUGAACAAGGGAAACAUCUGUAUAGCAAAGACAAGCCCUCCUGCGGUGCAUGAAGCAUAUUUUGAACAAUUUCAAAGGGACUUCAUAACGUUUUUGAAGUGUCGUGCAAAAGAGUUGGUACCGGGUUCCAGUAUGAUUCUCACAACCAUGGGCUGCAUUAAGACCGAUGAUCCCCUGAAUAUUUGGGAACUUAUUGGAUUGAAGCUUUAUGGCAUGGUCUUAGAGGGCUUGAUUGAAGAGGAAAAAUUGGACAGAUUCAAUCUGCCGUUCUAUGCAACUAGUGCAGAGGAAGUGAAGAAAUUGGUUGAAGCAGAAGGCUCUUUUGGACUGCAUAAGUUGGAAUCCUUCAAAACGGAUUGGGACACACACAUAAAGAAGGCAAAUAAUAGCCUUGAUUCUAAAGAAAGGGCAGCAAUAAUAGGAGCUGACAUAAGGACCGUAGCAGAGCCUAUUCUGGUCGCCCAUUUUGGAGACAAAAUCAUGGACAAGUUAUUUGAUAGGGUCGGAGAAGAUGUCCUGGAUCACAUGUUGAGGUACAAUUGCCAGAAUGUUAAUCUUGUUAUCUCCUUGACAAAGAAGGGUUAAGGACUAUAAUUGCAUAUGGACAUCGUUAAUAAGUUAGAAUAAUAAUAAUAAGUUAUAAUAAUAAAUUAUGUACAUAUAGUCUUAAUAUAUUGGAAAUUAUAGUCGAGUUUUCCAUGGCCACAUCUCAGAUUUUGCAUAAAUGAUCGACAUAUGACCA